AUGGAUCUAUGGCCAUGGCCACGCGAACCGUCUCGUAUGAUGCGCGACAUGAUGCGCGAUUUUGACCGUUUUGACAGGGGAGUGUUCCCGUAUUGGAGAGAAGCUGAUCGUUCUGUUCGUGUUGGCCAAGAUGCUUCACAGCCCAUAAACGACGACAAGAAGUUUGCGGUCAGCUUAGACGUAUCGCAUUUUCGUCCAGAAGAGCUCAAUGUUCAUGUGGAAGGACGCGAACUCACCGUAGAAGGGAAGCAAGAGCAAAAGGAUGCAAACAGCUACAUGGAAAGAUCUUUCGUUCGUAAAUGGACUCUGCCAGAAGAUGUGGAUAUGCAAGCAAUUCGCACUGAACUUAACGACAAAGGACAGUUGUCCGUUGAAGCACCCAAGGGUCCAAGCGUUCAAAGAGUCAGCAUUCCUAUCAUGUCUGCACAGUCUGGCGCUCAUUGA